ACGUGAAGCAACGUGGGGUCGCCUCAAGUUUGGUGCAUGAAUCGGUUGAAGCAAAGUGGAGGAGGGCUGGACGCUUAUAGGUCAGAGUCGAGCUCCUCGAAGACCUAUCUGCUCACAGCCGAGAUCAUGAAUCAUGAAGAAAACACUCAUCACGACAACAAUUGAACAAACAACAGAAGGACGUCAAUGAGAUCAUCAGAGACAGCGUCGUACGAGACUCGAAUUCGUCUUCGAACCAUUUCCAUCGCUCUCGCGUAAGACGAUCCGUUGACACUUGACUGCGUACAUGUCGUAAUGACGAAAUGAUAUUUGGAGUAUGACGAACUCGAUAUUCCAUCAUGACAGCUCUGCUGAGCAGCAGCAUGUAUAAAAGAGAUCGAGGAGAAUAGCACUCGAGCACUUCUGGAUCAAUACAUAACUCAAUCAAAUCUUUUCAAGCAAACACACAAAUUAUACAGACACAAUGGACGGAGACUCAUCAGCAAAGACCAUGGACAAGGGCGCUUCUGCCGCUUUGAGAGUCGACGAUUUCGGAUCGACUGGCAUCCAUGAGGACGCAGUACCCAGGGGCGAGCCCGCAGGCGAGAAGACCACAGGCACUGGCACCCCAGCAUUUAGUGCAGAAGGAUCCAUUGGCAAGCAGUUCACAUCUGGUGGCUCAAUUGGUCAGAUUGGCGAAAAGGUUGGCGGACCAUUCUCGUCGCAGGGCGCGAUUGGCAAGCAGUUCACCACUGGUGGAGCCAUCGGUGGCACUGUCCAGGAGCAACUGGGCAAGGGCGAGAACAACACUUUCCAGAAGUAAGACGAUCGGAUAAAUCAUGCCGAUAUGAACAUGGCAUUGUAGAAUAUGAGAUCUUUAAUGGUAUAACGAGAGAAUUGUAUCUCCUGUCG